CAGUCGAAUUUAGUAGUGAAACGAGAACAGUCGUUGUGGUCGUGUGUUCUGAAUUAAAAACGCCCGUUCAUUAACCACCCUCUCUUACGUUCUGUUUGUUGUUUGUUGUUUUUUAUUUUGUGUCGCGGUAGUUCAUUUCUGAGAACGAAAAUAUCAACUUUUAAUGAAUAACCAAAAAUAGAUUUUUUUUUAAUCAACCCAUAACAAGUGUAUGAAAAGUUUGGUACACGAUGACCGUUCUGGAAGACCAAUUGCUAAAUUUAAAAAAAUCCAAUAAAAAAAUUAUGGAGUUCUCCAAAGAAAUAUCGAAGGAAAUUUCCAGCCACAUGAAAAUCGAUUGGGCCCCGGUUCAUGUACCACCCCGGCGGCGCAUACAAACCUUUGCAGCCGGUUGUUAUGUCUACAUUUUCAUGUUUCUACCCUUCAUUUCGUUGUUUCUCACAGUAUUUUUCUUGAUAUAUUUGGAUUAUAUUGGCCGCGCUCUGUUGCUCGUCUAUCUGGCCUACAUUUAUUUCGAUCACAAGAAGCAUGCAUCCGCAGUUAAAAGCAAUGGAUGGAUGUUUUUACGCAAUAAUUUCAUUACCAGUCAUUUGCGAGAUUAUUUUCCAGUGGAGUUGAUUAAGACCGCAGAAUUGACACCAGAUCGCAAUUAUUUGGUGGCAAGUUUUCCACAUGGCAUUAUUGGCACCGGAGUUACCAUCAACAUGGGUAAAAAUAUCAAAAAGUGGCUAGAAUUAUACCCUGGCAUAAGACCCAAAAUAGCCACCUUGGAUAUGCAUUUCUACAUUCCAUUCAUGCGUGAAGUACUACGUCGAUGGGGUUUGGUUUCAUGCUCGAAACAGUCGCUGCUUCAUUAUUUGAAUGUCUCCAAUGAUCCCAAGCAUAGGGAUAACAAAGAUGGUUUCACCGCAAAUGCGGUAGCCCUACUGGUGGGAGGUGCUGAAGAGUCGCUGGACUCACAUCCAGGACGUUAUAUACUGACCCUAAAGAAUCGCAAAGGUUUUGUGAAAAUUGCCAUAAGAUCUGGUACCCCCAUAGUGCCCUCGUUUUCGUUUGGUGAAGUGGAUAUUUUCGAUCAAGUUGCCAAUCCUCCGGAUUCCAUGCUGAGGAAGUUCCAGUCUUUUGUAAAACAUUUAACUGGAGUCUCUCCACUCAUAGUGCUGGGUCGUGGCUUUUUCCAGUACACCUUUGGCUUUAUACCUCAGCGUCGGCACAUUGUCCAGGUUAUGGGAGCCCCCAUUGAAGUGCAGCAAAUGGAUGAACCCGACACAAAAUAUGUCAAUGAAAUCCAUCAGAAGGUGAUUGAUAGUCUCAAUGAAAUGUUUGAGAAGUACAAACAUAAAUACAUACAAAAUGCCGAUAAAACUAAGCUGGUGAUUCAUUAGUUGGGAAGGAGGCCUUUUUUAAGACUAAGACUUUUAUUUUUAAGUUGUCUAUAGGAAUAGUUUUUAUUGUUGAUUUUGUGUUUUUUUUAUUAAAUUAUUAAAUAUUUUGAUAAAUCA